UAGUGGGUAUGGUGCUCCGAGUGUGUGUUCCUCGGCUUCCGUCCUCCGAACUCGGCGGUGUUUUGGGUCGUCGUCGCUCCACUUGUGCAGCUCUGAGUCGCUUGGAGAUCGCUGUAGGUGCACAGUUUCCGAUUUCCCUGUCUCCUGGGGUCUCUUGGACCGAUUCGUUGUGUCGAACUGUGUCCAGCCGUGUUGAGAUCGAUCACCCCUCCUUGAACGUACAGGACGUUGUUGUUUUCUUUGUUUUUUUUGUGCUUGAAUCUCGGUUCUCAUGUUUAGUGCUGUUGGGUCGAAAUUUUAAUCUGGAAAGAGUUGGUAAACUCUGUGAGUUGGAAUGUAGAAUUGUGUGACUGGAAAGGCAAGCUUUCUAAACUUUCUGCCGUUUCAAGCAUUUUGAUACGUGUUGUAGCCUUGGUUGUGUUCAUUUCGACACCUCUAUCUUUGUUGCUUCAAGAUUCUCCGUAGCCUAAAUCGUCCGUUUUCUUCCGUUUCCUUUGUUGUGUUUUUUUUUUUUGAUAAAUACACGCAUCCACAGUUACUCUUAGUAAAUUAAGACCUUGAUUGAUUAGUUUGGAACGCGGAUAGAACGUACAAAGGAACGAUAACCACGGAUCAGUUAGAGUCAGAUACAAAUGAUUCAUGUUACUGUCAUGACGCUCAAUGACGUCGAAUGUUUGAAUCACGCCGGGCGUUGAAAGUCGAGAAAAUGUACGAGAUGGGCGUGGUAUAACUGGUCGACAAUGAAAUUACAGGUUGCAAGAGAUGUGUGGAGCAGCUCGGCAACUCGGAGCGUCGCACAGGAAUAUCUUUCAGCUUCAGCUUCAAAACUUAGAUUGAUGCGGCCUGCCGUUAAAUUAUGAACGCCUGUAGAGGGAUACAGCUGCUGCGUCCACUGGGAGUGCAAUCUUCAAAGCAGGAAUUUAGAUGGAAUUGCAGCAAUCCCUUAUUGACACGGCGGAGGGCGGCAGAAAGCGAUUGCGGGAUAAGUCUACUAUUUCUCCAUCUUCCUUCAAGGUUCGAAGCUAUUAGUCUUACUUUAAACUUCGGUCAUUUGAAGUCGUCUUGAAGACCUCGUCAAGCCCCCUUUUGGUUUCGACCUGGGACUUCCGAAGUUAUGAUCAAACGUGACCCGCAUUAUCAUUCCCCUGUGCACCAGGUGAUGAAUCUCCCUGGGUCAGUGUCAAAAUGCGCGUUACGAUGAAGCAAAAAUAUGCGGUUCGAACACGCUACCUCGAAACGGAAAGCCCUGGCUCCCUCAAUAACCCCUAUGCUCCAAGUCCAUACAUUCCAGCGCCAAUUCCGCCGGGUUCGUCUACCCCAAGGCCGAACGCAUUCAGUCCAGCAGUGGUUGCGGUGAUUGGAGUGCUAGCCGGCGCCUUCCUGAUCGUUAGUUACUACAGAAUCUUCGCAAAGUAUUGUAAUCGGCACCACUUUCCCUUCUGGGGCACCCGGCGUAAUGGUCGAGACGGCGGCACAUCCGCCAUUGUGUUGAUGGAGGAGCAUGGCGCAUGGCCUUCGAAUGCGGUGGGCUUAGACGACGCCCUCAUCAGUCGGAUCCCAACCCUCAAAUACGAUCCUCACGAGGGGUUAGUCGAUGGGACGGAAUGCUCCGUCUGCCUGGGAGAGUUCAAAGUUGGAGAGGUUCUCCGAAUCUUGCCGAAGUGCAACCAUCCCUUCCACAUACCUUGUAUCGAUACAUGGCUCGUCACGUCCUCCACAUGUCCCUUAUGUCGAGUCAACAUCGUUUUAGCUGUUACGGUGCCCUACUCCCUGAUGCCGGUGGAGAGAGAGCCGCCCGCGCACAGUCGUGGACCCACCAUGUCGGCCAUUCCGGCGUCGAAUCCUAAUCCCAUGCAGGCGCUCAUCAACCACGAGAUUGAGAUCCUGCAAGAGCAGUACGUGCAGGAGUUUUGGGAGAGUGGACAGUUGUCUGGUCCUCCGAGGUCGAUGUCGCCACCUUCUAGCCGUGGCUCGUUCAUGUCCGCUCCGGAUGUCGGAACUCCAGACAACCACCAGAUUGAGAUGGAAGGAAGUUCAGUGCAACACUCGCGGCAUUUAUCAUCAGAAACUGUCGAGACUCCCACCAAAGAAAUCCAUCUCGUCAACAACCAGAAUUUCACUUUGGAGCGAAACUCGCACCUCAGCAGGCAAUUGUCCGUGUCCACCAAGCGGAGGCUCUACAGCCACGCUCGCAGCGAGAGGCACCGCUACCAAUCGGAAGGUCGGCCUGGCCAUAGUCGGAGAGACUACGACCACAAGGGAAAGCACCCUCUGGUGCCUUUCCCUUCACCGCAAAUGGAGCGCUUCGCUCGCUUUAUGGGGUCAUCCUCAGCUCGGUCCACGAGCUCAAGCUCAAACCAAGUGGUGGUUGAGCUUCUGGCACAGGAAAUAUUCCAACACAACAAUCCAAGGAACCACUCUAAAACCCUCUCAGAAUCAAUUCUAGAGACCAGCGUCAGGGAGCAUCCAUACUCAACGAAAAGCUCUCAGGAGCUGAUGUCUACCUGCACUUUUUCUCACAGACCUCAGCGGUUACGACACGACAAUGCGAGCUUCGAAUUGAUGUGGUCUAUCAAGGAGCAAGAGCAUCCUCCCGUGGACAUCAUUGAGUCGUCAAAUAGGGCUCCAUGUGGUUACGACUCCCUGGAAGAUUCGAGUAGAGAGCACGUCGAGAUGCCGUUAGCUGUAUCUGUGAGCUCAGACGAUGAAGACGACGAGCUUCACCACAGAGACCAUGUUAGCUCUAUCAGGAGCUUGAGAGGUCACAGGCACACACGGCCCAGCAUGCAUUUCGCAUUUAAAAACUCCAAAUCGAGGUUUAGGAGGUAUGGGUCCGUGAAGAAGGUCCACACAUCUGAACCUGCCUUGGAGAUUUUCGACGUCUGAUGCUUCCAUCUUUUUCCAUCUUCUGCUGCCGUGAGAUGCGAUCCUGUACAACUAUUAAACCCGGUCAAUAUCAUCAUACAGGUAGAGAGCAAUUUAAAGUACAUUAACUCAAUUCUGAUAAUCAAGGGCAGCUUGUAGCCUUUUAAUUCUUGACUCUUGGACAGCCUUGGUGAAGAGAAAAUCUGGAGAUCCAAUGAGCUCAGUAGACUGUGAUUAGUUUAUACUUGCAUCCUCACAUGAUGCGGUUCUCCCAUGAACUCCCUGCCGAUUGCAUGCCUUCGGUGGUGAUGAGGUGUUAAUUAACGAAAGAAUUACUUUUGCAGCUAAGUAAACAUGCAGGUAUGUUGCAUUCCUUCAUAACCCAAGAGCUUGAAGAAAAAUUUAAUAUGGGUUCAUCCUGGUUGAGAUCCUCAUGCUAGAUCCUCAUUCUGGUUAUGUGCCUGAACAACAGGUCUUGAUGUGUGAAGCUCUGCUUUGGCUUCAGCGUUGUAUAUGUGAAGACAGUAUAACAAUGUAUCAUAAUGGUAGUUGAGAAAAUGUAUUCUUGUCA